AUGAGGCAGGCGAGGGUACAGGCGCGAACCGCCUGGCACGCUUUCUUGAAUGCGUUUGUGACGACGGCCUUAUUUCGUUGCUGGCAUAUUCUUCUAUUCUUCGGUGCAUGGUCGACAGCGAUCAGCCUUAUCUCCAACUAUCUCGUCGAUCUGGGAAUCCAGAACACGCUUCUCACAGUGCUCGGCACUGUACUUGGUUUUGUUAUCAGCUAUCGAACGACGUCAAGCUUUGAGCGCUACAAUGAAGGCAGACGAUACUGGAGUCAAAUUGUGCUUGGAGCCCGUACUCUCGCCCGCCUAAUAUGGUUCCAUGUUCCCUCUACUAUGCCAAUGCCUGGCGCGAAGACAGAAGAGGUAGAAGCGCGGAUCCUCAUCGAGAAAAAGACGGCCAUCAACCUGACCGAGGCAUUUGCUGUUGCCGUCAAGCACUACCUGCGCGGAGAGGAAGGCUACGACUACGCAGACCUCUUUCAUCUGGUCAAGUACUUGCCUUCUUACCCUUUACCGACCGGGAUACCGUCUCAGGCCGAUCUUCACGCCCCGCCAGGGUCGCCAACAUCGAAUAGGAAUGCGCUGCAUAAGCGUAAGGGUCAGCAUAUGGAUUCCGGUUCAUCGGCGAAUGACGAUGGCCACCAACACGUUGCUACCGCUCGACGUGGAUCCAUCCUCGACGAGACCCUACCAGUGGACGAACCCGUACGAGACGCAUUACACCCCUCAUUGCCAGCGACAUUACCUGGAGUAGGCAAAUCAUCAGAGUCGAUUGAGAAAACAAGUCCGCGCACUCAUGGAAGCGACACGGCUGCCAUUGAGAAAACGUCUUCCCAUCUGGGACCACCUCCCUCUCCUGUGGGAGCUCGGCUACGCAAGAGCAUAGAAGACUUCAAGUCUCUCAAACCCGCUCGUCUGUCGCCGGGAAUAGGCUGGUCGGACUUCUUCCCGUCAUUCUUUACGAGACGCUAUGAUGUCAGGGUUGGAGGAGCCCACGGGAGGAAAAGCGCGAAGAGACAUGCCAGGAUGUUCCUCACGCAUAAUCUGCCGCUGGAGAUCACAUUGUACUUAAGCAGUUAUGUGGCGGAACUGCAAAAGCGUCCGGGAGCCGUUGAUGGACCCACCAUCUCGGCACUUAUGGCGAGCAUCCAGCUACUUACGGACGCGUUAACCGGUCUCGAGCGCAUUCAGACCACUCCUAUCCCCUUCAGCUACUCGUUCCAUAUCUGGAUAGUGACCCUCGUCUAUUGCUUCUUCCUUCCUUUCCAGCUAUGGACGACGUUGCGGUGGGUCGCGAUACCUGGGACAACGAUUGCAGCGUUCGUGUACUUCGGGUUUUUGGUCGCUGGUGAAGAGAUUGAGAACCCCUUUGGAUACGACAAGAACGACCUCGACAUGGAUGAUUUCACGCACAACAUCAUUCGCACCGAGCUUCAUGCCAUCACCUCUGCCCCCGCCCCGGAUCCUCAUAACUGGGUCUUUUCCGAUCUCAACGAUGCUUGCUUCGUUCCCAGCAUCGGGUUUCAAGAUGGUCAUGAAGAUGCGCCGCACCACAUGCCGGAUCGCGACACUCCCGAGCAAUGGGUGACGCGGGGCAGAGGGGAGAUGCUGCUCGCGCUGAAACGUGGAGCUAUGUAG